AUGAAGAGUUUCAGAAGAAGACGUUUCAGUGGAGCACAAUGGCACCUGCAGAAAAUAGUCAAUGACUCUGUAGACAGCUCAGAUGAUGAGUUCUUUGAUGCCCGAGAGGACAUUGUGGAAGGAAAGAGUGCAAUUCUAAUUGGUAUGAGCCAAUGGAAUUCCAAUGACCUAGUGGAACAGAUUGAAACUAUUGGCAAACUGGAGGAAAGCUCAGGUGAACUUUAUAGAGUUCAUGGGAGGAAGCAUCGGUGUCCCCGACAGAGCAGUUUUGAGAUACAUGAGGAUAGUGAGGAUGGAAAUCAGCUGAGCAACUGUAAAACUCAAGUCCUUGUCCUGGUUCUUCAUGGUGGCAGCAUACUAGACACCGGAGGAGGGGACCCCAAUAGCAAGAUUGCUGAUGUGAAUACCCUUAGCUCUGUAUUUGAGAAGGUGACAAGGGCUCAUUUCCCAGCUGCUCUUGGGCAUAUCCUGAUUAGGCUGGUCCCUUGUCCGGCCAUAUGUUCUGAAGCAUUUUCACUGGUUUACAACCUUAACCCUUACAGCUAUGAUGAGAACUGCCUGAGCAUUAGCGAAGAUCACAUCCCUUUAGCUGCAUUGCCACUGUUGGCCAUUUCCUCUCCUCAGUACCAAGAUUCAGUUGCUAUGGUGAUCAACACAGCAAACCAAGUUUAUAAUGAAUUCUUGAAGUCUCCAGAUGGGACCGCAUGGUCAGGGCAGGUCUGUAUGAUUGGAGACUGUGUAGGAGGAAUACUGGGAUUUGAUGCCAUGUGUUAUAGUGCCAAGACACCUGGAGAGAGCCAAAAUACCAGCCGCAGAGGAAGUAGCAGCAGUAUACAGGAUAGCCCUAUUCUGUCUGAUGAAAGCACUGGCCUUCGAGGUACCAAACGCCUUAGUAAAAGUAACAUUGAUAUCUCAGGAGUCUUGGACAAUGGAGAACCAAGACAAUUUUUUCCCCGUAAACAGAGUGACUCUUCAACGUAUGACUGUGAUACAAUAACACAGCACCAUGCAUUCUUGUCUAGCAUCCAUUCAAGUGUCCUGAAAGAUGACAUUGAUUUUUCAAGGACCGGAAGCUCUAACAUUUGUGAUGUAGUCAUGGGACGGUUUGACUUUGAAGUUUCAGAUUUUUUUCUGUUUGGUUCACCGCUGGGGCUAGUGUUGGCAAUGAGGAGGACUGUACUUCCGGGUCUUGAUGUGUGCCGCGCACGUCCUGCUUGUGGCCAAGUUUACAGUUUUUUUCACUCUGCUGACCCAUCUGCUUCUAGACUGGAACCUCUCAUGGAGAAAUCUUUCCACAUGCUUCCUCCAUUUAAUGUUCCCAGAUACCAGAAGGAUCCCUUAGGAGAUGGGAAAUCUUACCUCUUAGUGGAUGCCAUUCAAGCUUGUAGCACAGUUUUCAUGGAAAAUAAAACAUCCAACAACCCUGGGUCUGCAGAUUCAUCAACAUCACCUAAACAGCCAACCCCAAUACAGAAAAGUGUCAGAAGCUCUAGUCUGGUGAGCAUGAACAGUGAGAUGUCUGGGUCCUCUGAAAGCCUGCCCUCUGCAAAGAUCGCUAACAUUACAGCCAAUUGGUGGGGAACAAAGCGCAUUGACUAUGCCUUGUAUUGUCCUGAUGUACUCACUGCCUUUCCAACGGUGGCAUUGCCACAUCUUUUCCAUGCCAGCUACUGGGAGUCAACGGAUGUAGUAGCUUUUAUUCUUAGACAGCUGAUGAGAUAUGAGAGUGUUCAAAUUCAGCAAAAAGAAGGGAUCGAUUCCAUGAAUAUGAGUCCCUCAAAUCGUCAGGAAAAAUGGCUUCGGAAAAGGAACCAUGUCAAGCUACGUAAUGUUACAGCCAAUCACAGAGCCAAUGAUAUCAUAGCUGUAGAAGGUGGACCUCAGGUCCUGAUUGGUCGGUUCAUGUAUGGUCCCCUGGACAUGGUAGCUCUGACUGGUGAGAAGGUAGAUGUACUGGUUAUGACGGAGCCGGCCACUGGCAGGUGGGUGUACUUUGAAACAGAGAUUUCAAACAGCAGUGGACGAGUGUCGUACAGCAUUCCUGAAGACAAAAGACUUGGGGUAGGGGUUUACCCCAUUAAAAUGGUUGUAAGGGGUGACCAAAGCAAUGCACAGAGUUACCUUACAGUGCUUCCUCGGGGGAUGGAGUGUGUGGUUUUCAGCAUAGAUGGUUCAUUUGCUGCAAGUGUUUCUAUCAUGGGAAGUGAUCCAAAAGUCCGGGCUGGAGCAGUGGAUGUUGUCAGGCACUGGCAAGAUCUUGGCUUUCUGAUCAUCUACAUCACCGGACGCCCUGACAUGCAGAAACAAAGGGUGGUUUCGUGGUUAUCUCAGCACAACUUUCCCCAGGGGAUGAUAUUCUUCUCAGAUGGACUUGUACAUGACCCAUUAAGACAGAAGACUAUUUUUCUCCGUAACUUAAUACAAGAGUGUCACAUUAAAAUUAGUGCUGCCUAUGGUUCCAUGAAGGACAUUUCUGUAUACAAUGUAUUGGGAUUAUCACCCUCCCAGAUAUUUAUUGUUGGACGCCCAGCCAAAAAAUAUCAGAACCAAUGUCAGUUUCUAAGUGAGGGGUAUGCUGCUCACUUGGCCUCACUUGAAUUUAGUCACCACUCACGUCCGAAGAAGAACAAUUCACGAAUGAUCCUGAGAAAAGGAAGCUUUGGCCUACAUACUCAGCCUGAAUUCCUGAGAAAAAGGAAUCACCUUCGAAGGACUAUGUCUGUACAGCAGCCAGAGCCACCGUCCACCAACCCAAAGCCAGAACGAGCACAGAGCCAACCAGAAUCUGACAAAGAUCAUGAUCGGCACUUAAACCCACUUUCAUGGGUGAGGAAUGCAGGUCUCAAAUUUGAGCCCUCACCCUAAAAGAGACUCCAAAAGUCCCCUGGCUUAAACUGAUCCUAACAAGUAGGCCUUGGAAUGUUGUAAACUUUGCAGCUUGCAAGCAGCAAUUUAAUUGAUCUAUUAUGGAUUUCCAUAAGAUCUUUUCCACACCCUAAAAUAAGAGAGAACAUUCUUCAUGGUCAUCCAGAACAAGAUGCAUUAUUGAUCUGAUAUCCCGGUGUAGCAACCAUGACUUUGUAUGCUGUUUUUUUCCCAAACAUUGUUACAAAGAUAAACUCAACACCUUCCAAAUUUAUGUAAGCAAUCUCUUGACAUAAUACAGCUUAAAAAAAUGACAAAAGAUGAGGAGACCAAUUAAAACGCAAUACUUUAUUUUAAUCCAUUCAGUUAAAACCAAAUCCGGUGUGCAAAUCUUUUUGGCGACUGCCAUAAUCAUAUACCGAUUGAGCCCUGAAAAAAGGCACACAUUUAUUUUGUAGUCAAAAAUCUUUAUUUUAACAGAAACACUGUUUUAGUCAUCAUUUUCAAUGCUCACGCUCAUUAAAUAUUUUCUAAAGUUCUAUUGAUUAAUCAGCACAGUUGUAUCUAAUCAGAUGGUGUAAAGGAACAUAAGUCAUCCUAUUACAGGCCCCUGUUUGAAUAAUAUAGUUUAGUGUAUGAAAGGGGCUUCUAUAGGGUACUGCAAUUCAUUUUAGCUAAAUAUAGCCCAAUAAAUAUCAACACUCACCCUACUAUCCCUCAACACCAGCAAUAUUUUUUAUGUUUUUCUCUAAGUGUGGCCUACAGCCAAUUGGAACUUCAUGUUUUACCUGAAAAAGAAGGCAUGCACUCUUGCUGCCUCCGAUUCAAACUGUGAGAUGUUCUAAGUGGACGCAGAAGGAACAAGCUCCUUCUGCCUUUGACUCAGGAUUGAAAAGGUCCAGGGGAGCAGGAUGGGGGGUUGGUAGGAUGAGUGUGUCUAUAUGAGGGACUAUUUUUAUCUAAAAUUAAUUAUUUUACUCUAGUAAAAAAGUUACAUGCUGUAUGCACUAAAAUCUAUAUUAUUCAAACAGCAUCUUAUUAUAGGGUGACUUUUUGACACUUUAACCGAUUAGCAUUCAUAAACCCCAAUAAAUAUGUUUUUUCAAUUAUUUUAAAUAAUUCACAAAGCCUAUAAGAUUAUUUUUUAAAUAUUAAUUGAAGAAUCAUUGUAGCAUUGAAAAGGGAGUAGAUGCGGUGCAUUAACAAACACUAACACUAUAAAGGUGUAUAGAGUAGGCUGAGUACUUGAUAUUUAGCUAUAGAAAUGGACACAACCAAUUCCCUACAAACUUAAAAGAUGUCUUUAUACUGAAAAUGUUUGCUACUUUGAUUUUUUAACUAAGGAGAAGAUGUAAAUACCCAUUUUAUUGUUCAACAAAAGUCAAUACACUAGGAGUAAUGAAACUAUUUUCUAUAUUUAAAGGGGCAUAAUACCCCUUGAAAGUGAUGCAGCAUAAUCUGACAAGAAAUUAUCACAUGAUCAUCUCUAUGUAAAAAAGCAAGAUAUUUCACCUUGAAAUUUCUUCAGCUCUCCAGUACAACUGCUAUGUGAUCCAGAGGUACUUUUUCUUUACUGUCAUCUAUAGGGGGGGGGGGGAACAACAGCAGACAAUCAGGUUAAACAGUGGUAAAUUGACACUUUGCUUUAAUCUACUAAAUCCUAUAGCAUUUGACUGAAAUCUUGUAAUAUUUUAAUGUAAAAUUCCUUAAAAUGAGAAGGAAAACAAAGUGAUAGUGCUUGCUAAUGUCAGAUGCAUUCUCCCUUGCAAGUCUAACUAAAAUCCUGAUUGGAUGCUUAAAUGAUGUGGCAAUUUUGAGGUAAAAUAACUUCACUUUUUGACAAAGAGAUGUCUAUGUUAUAUUUUUAAUCAGCUUUUUUUAAGUGAUUAAACUUUGAUUUAGGUCUACAAUAAACUUUAAAACAUAAUAAUAAAUGUAAAUAUAAGGCCAUAUAUAAAUAUCACAUUUUCUUGUCAAACAGUUCACUGUAUUACAAAAAUAGUUUCUUUAUGUAUAAUAUUUAUUUGAGCAGAACAAGUUAUCGGGUUACUUAAAAUGAAUAUUUUUUCUAAAUUUAGUGAAAGCUAUGGUAAUUACCUGAUUUAUAGGUAUUCUUAUGCAGAAUCCUUAUUUAAGUUUGUUAGGAAGUUUCUUUCCUCUAGGCCUGCACCUACAUUUUUUUAUAAAAUUGAUAUCCUCUAAUUAAAAUGUCCUUUGGCAAAAUCACAGCAUCACUUAUUCUACAAUCAAAAAGGUUAUUUGGUUUUCAAUUUGCUUAGAACAUUUUGCAAUCUUGUCAAACUUAAUUAGCUGCAUAUAAACAAAAAAUAGACGUGUGGUUUGAGUUUGAGAUUACAGUUCUUUCUUGUAAUGUAUCAAAAUGUUGACAAUCUUAAACUGGUUACAUUAAAAAAAAAUGUUUUUGUCAUGAUGAAGGGGAAAGAGAGUUUAAAGACAAAAUCCAAUGUUCUUGCAGAUGAUUAUUAUAAAGGCCUAUUUAGUGAAGAUAGGGGCUUAAGGAAACAAUAAAUACAUUCUAAGUACUUAUCCAAAACAAAAUGUUAGAUGUUUCAGAAACCAAGUGUAACUAAGCAGUGAAUGCUGAUGUCACAUGUCCCUUGCCACGAUCAUUGUAUUUUCUACAAAAGCAAGUAAUUAAAAAGCCUUUAAAGGGACACCGUACAGUAAAACUGGUUUCCCCUUAAUAUGUUUCCAAAGACCAAAUGCAGAGUAUUACAUGUAUGGAAAUUAGUUUAAUUUUUGUAUAUGAAAUAAAUGCUUUUGUUCAUUAAA